ACAACAUAUCGAAACGUCGGGCAGCUGGCUCUAUCAAUAUAUAGAUAGCUGGCUCUAUCAAUAUAUAGAAAUAUGUCGACACAUAACAGAUAAGGAAAUACCUUUGAACCUGGCCUUAUUUGCAGAAAUAUUUUUAAAACUGAACUCAAAAUAUGUCACCAAACUACAGAAAACAAACUGCAAACAGUUUUGUUAUUUUUGGGGGUUUGGCUUCCAAUGCCCACACCCUCUACUUCAGAAAAUAAAUUCUGCUCGCUGUGACCGGGGCCACGUCUAAAAGCGAUUCAGUGUAGCAGCGCCUCUGAGCUCCGCGGUUGCUCUCUCGCAUCUCCAGUGGGACUUGCAAUUUCUGAAGGAAGAAGCGGUUUGUUUCUUUCCCACGAGUAACAUUUUUAAGGUGCUUCCCAUUUUAAAGACCUGGUCCUUCGCUAUGUGGAGAUUACGGAUCACCAACUCUGCAGUCUUCACACUCAUCAGUGGGCUAGCACUGGUCUUCUUAUACUCCUGGCAGAGUGGCGUCACCCCCCAGGCUGAGCAGAAUGGCAAAGUCCACAUCUUGAUUCUGUCCUCCUGGCGCUCAGGCUCCUCCUUCGUGGGACAGGUCUUCAGCCAGCACCCGGAUGUGUUCUAUCUAAUGGAGCCCGCCUGGCAUGUGUGGGUCAGCAUGUACCAGAACAGCGCCAGCACUUUGCGGAUGGCGGUCCGGGACCUCAUCCGAUCAGUCUUCCAGUGCGACAUGUACGUCUUUGACGCCUACAUGCCCGAAAAGCGUAACAUGACGCAUCUGUUCCAGUGGUCGGUCAGCCGUGCGCUUUGCUCGCCGCCUGCAUGUGACCUGUACAAGCGGGAGGAGAUCAGCAACGAGAGGACCUGCAAGAAGAUGUGCAGCAAGACUCCGUUCGACAAGGUGGAGGAAGCCUGCAAGUCCUACAGCCACGUGGUGUUGAAGGAGGUACGCGUCUUUGACCUGGAAAGCCUCUACCCUCUUCUCAAAGACCCGUCCCUCAAUCUCAAAAUCAUCCACCUCAUCCGAGACCCCAGGGCGGUGGUCAAAUCCCGUGAACAGUCGAUGAAGGCCUUAAUGCGGGACAAUGGGAUUGUCCUCAACACCAAAGGUGUUCAAGUGUUAGACACCCACUACCAGGUGAUACGGGAGAUCUGCCGGAGCCACAUCCAGAUUUACGAAACAGCCACUCAGAAAGCGCCCAGCUUCUUAAAGGGCCGGUAUAUGAUGGUGAGAUAUGAUGACCUCGUACUGGACCCACUUGCUGAAAUCUCAGCGAUGUAUAAGUUUGCAGAGUUAAUCAUGACCCCUAAGCUUAAAUCUUGGAUAUAUAAUAUCACACACGGCGAAGGGCGUGGGAGUGGACAGGAGGCCUUCCUAACCACCUCUCGCAAUGCGGUGAACGUCUCGCAGGCCUGGAGAGCCGCGUUGCCAUAUGAGAAGGUUGCUAAAAUACAGGAAGUCUGCAAAGGGGCGAUGAACAUGCUGGGCUACCAACUAGUGGAGUCUGACAAAGAACAGAAGCGGCUGGAGCAGGAUAUGGUGUUGCCAAGGAAACAAUACCAGUUCACUUGGUUGCCCUCCAAGACCACAGAUAAAUUAAAAGAUUAAAUUUUGUGGACCUGUCAAAGUUAUUUGGGAUUUUUUUUAACUGUUUACUUUUUUUAUUUGUAUUAUUUAGUGUGCUCAGUUAUUUUACCUCCAAGCUGGAACGCCCAAUCAUUUUCCCCCUCACCGCAGCAAUUCCUCACACUACUCAGAAGAACUGGUUCAGCGGGCGUCCUCCGAUCCCACGACCGAGCCAGCUUCCUCUUUUACACCCAGGAAUUUGAGAGUGGAUGUCAGCAAGCUACCGGCCUCUGGAGGACAACGGCCAGCAGGGUUCACUGUAGUGUCUGCCAGGUUUGCCUCUCUAACCCAUGGGAGCGCCAGAGCAAUGUGAUGCUCCUUUUGGAAUCCCCAGAGACUGUUUAUUUUUAAAACAAACAUUAUUUAGUAUUCUUAUUAGUUGGAGAACUGUGUUUUGAAAAAAAUGAUACACUAUACCAGAGGUGCAUCUUAAUGAUUAAGGGACAUCACAAUGUUAUAACUUUGACUUUUGUUGGACUUUUAAAGAAUGACCACCAGGGGGAGCAGAGAUUACUAGUUUGGUUGGGAUAUAUAAGAAGUUAAAGGUCAUUCAUACAAAACAACUGACAAAUAUAUGUAUAUCAUAAUAAUAAUACAUUUUAUUUAUGUAGCACUUUUCAUUUAAAAAUCACCCAGCAGCAUAAAAACAGACAUUUCAAUAGACAAACAGUAAGAACAACAAAUCAUUUACAGGAAGCCAAUCGAAAGAAGUUUUAAGAUUAGAUUUAAAAACAUCAACUGAGUCACAAUUUCUCAAAUAGCCCGGCAGGGCGUUCCAUAGGCGUGGGGCUAGAGAGCAGAAAGCCCGAUCACCCACAGUGUGCAGACGAGUCCUAGGCACAGACAAAACAACACUGUUACCAGAUCUCAAUUUUUGUUUAGCUAUGUGGUACUGAAGGAGAGCCCUAAGACAGGCAGGGCCUUGAGAAUGUAAGGAUUUAUAAGUUAGUAAUAAAACCUUAAAAUCAAUCCUAUAUUUGACUGGCAGCCAGUGGACAGAAGUGAGGACAGGAGAUAAAUGCUCAUGUUUCUUGGUCUUAGUGAGAAUACCAGCAGCACUAUUUUGAACAUAUUGUAACCUGUUGAUAACCUUAGAGGAGAUACCUGCAAAAAGAGCAUUACAGUAACCCAAUCUUGAUGAAAUAAAGGCAUGUGUAAGCUUUUCUGCAUCAGUCGUAGAUAAUGAGGAUCCAAGUCUAGCAAUGUUCCUAAGGUGGAAGAAAGACACUUUGCAGACAUUCUUAAUAUGAUCCUCAAAUGAUAACAUAGGGUCAAAUCUCACACCAAGAUUGGUGACCAAUGAAGUGGGACUGAUCUCAUGUCCAUCAAUUUCAAGGUUGAAAUCAGCUGCCGUCGAGAUCUGAUGUGGCAAACCCACUAACAUUACCUCAGUUUUGCUGCAAUUAAGCUGUAAGAAGUUUUGCUGCAACCAAGUCUUUAUGUCGGCUAAACAAUUAUUCAAUAGAGAGAUUUCCAUUACACGAGAGUAGAUGUUAAAACUUCAUGCUGAUUUGAACUCGGCUCUCGCCAAGAUAAGCACCAACUAAGACGUAGCUUUACAGUAAACUAAUGUGAUCCAUAUGUGUCUCCCUCCAUUUACGUUUCCUUCCAUAUGAUGAUGUAGAUAUCCUUCUGUCUGGUGUUAAUGGCUGAAGUGUAAUGCUGGCUCCAGGGAUCAGCUUAUUUUGCCUCCCUGGCGCAUCAGCACACACAACGGCUGCGAUGCUGGCUCCGGGGAUCAACCAAAGUGCGGCCUCCCCAGCGCAUCAGCAUGACAACCGUCUGGAUUGAGCUAAGUAGGGUACAUCUCUGGGGUUUUCAAGUGGGCACCUUCCAUCCUCAGUG